AUGCCUCCAGGUGCCGAGGAGCAGGAGCUCUACUACUAUGGGCUCCCGUCCUGUCCAAAGCUCGUUGCUCGCACGAGCAGCAAUGUCUGGGUGAAUCCGCAGAUGCCUGGGCCUACCACUUUUACAGGCACUCUGAACAUGUAUCGGAAAAUGCUCCGACCCGCUGGAAGGCACCCUCUGCUCAACCAGCUUUGGAACGAUGCGACCUCUUCUCUGAGGGUCCAGAUCACGGACGCGGUCAGCGACAUCGAUUGGCAUGCCAUUGACAUCCUGCGGGUUGGUUAUGUUCACGAACAAUCUCCCAUCACGCUCAUGGUGGCUGUUACGCCAGACACUGUUUCCUGGAACCAAGCGUAUCCUGUUGCAGUGCGAUGCAAGUCUAUUCUGGAGCAGCACGGUAUCCAUGGCAUCGAGUGCGAAGUUCGCGAGUCCGUUGUUGCCUUUCUCACCGAGCCUGAUGAGAAAAAAGCAACCUUCCAGCUCUCAUCAAAGUUUCCAGAACUAUUUACAGCUGAACAUGAAGAUGGAGUAGAGCACGCUCAGCUCACCGACCACCUUGGAACUCGAAUUGCGAUCAAAGAUAUGCCUAACCAUGGCGUGGAGGCAUACCGUCGCCCGGAGUUUGGCCCCUUCAAAGACAUUAUCCAGGUCGACCAACAUACAUUCGAGAGCAGGUUAAAGGGAUAUGAAGCUCGAACUGCAGAUGAGACAAAGAAAGGCAGCAGCGCCCUGCUCCUUAGAGACACCAUGAGACCUUUCACAGCUGCUUCGUCAAGAGUGAUUGGCGAGGUCCUCUAUUCGCCUGAGUUUUCAUGCACCACUACUGAAGGUGGCCGCGAGUGGCUCAGAGACUGGGCCUUGGUCGAGUUGCAGCCUGCCAGCCACGAAGCUCCGCUAGAUUCUAUCAAGAACAGAAUAUUCAUUGGAUCAAGGCAACAACUCCGGUUUCUUAUCAACAAGGGCGAGCCUGGAUGGAAAGGACUUGCAGAUCCAGUACCCCCAGACAUGGAUGAUGGAUGCUUUAACCUCUCGAAAGAAGUCGUUCCUUACGAAGAACUUUUCAACCCUCCCGGUACUGCUGCCUACAUGGACGAGCCGGCAAUAUGCGUGGCCAAGUUUGGCGCAACAAGUAACUUGACCAUGGGUCUUGGCAACACCCUCAAGUCGGUUGUUCGCACUACUACGGAAACUCCAGAUGGAGAAAGAAAGAACGUAAGCGAAGAAUGGCCAAUCAUUUCAGUUCCCAGAGCAAGGGACCGCAGUGCAACUUUUUGCGAACCUGGCGAUUCCGGUUCAUGCGUCUGGGAUAUGGAUGGGCGCCCUGCUGGUAUCAUAAUGGCAGGAAAUGGUAUAAACCGCAUCAACGAUGUCACAUAUGCAUCGCCAUUAGAGCGCCUGCUUGCGGAUAUCAAAUCCCAUGGCUUUGAUGUCUCUCUUGUCUAA